AAGAACCAAAAUUCGGCAAAAAAAAAAAAAAAAAAAAAAAGUCAAUAGUCGCCCUGCGAGUCUGCGACCCCUUCUUAUCCCUACUUUCUCCUUAACAACUCCCCCUCAAAACCCAUCAUCUCCUUCACUUCUGUCAUUCAUCCUGCAGAUCCUAUGCAAUCUCAACCCCCAAAACUCAAUUCCCACUUAACACCCUCUUCUUAGAUCCCUUCAUCUCAACCUAAUCUCCAAAAAUCUUCACUUGUGUACAAGUCUUCAAUACAUUAUCACCGUUAACAAGUGUUCUUGAUCACUUAUUUCAAGAAAAACAGUAUCUUGAUUCAAUCUUUUCGGCAAAAGUUUCCUGCUUUAAUGUUUUACAGACGGUGUAGCUUCUAGGGUUAUUUUAAUUGUUUUAAUUGACCCAUCAAUAAAGAGUUUUCUGCUUUAGUAUUGUUGGUAUGGAUCUGGGUGCAUUUUGGAGAUCUUAGAUUUUGAUGUGGUGAAAUUGAAAUUAUUUUAUUAUAAGUGGAUUAGGGUUUGUUUGAUUUGGGUUUCAUUAUGGAUCAUGUGAUUGGUGGGAAGUUUAAGCUUGGAAGGAAGAUUGGUAGUGGAUCUUUUGGAGAGCUUUAUUUGGGUGUGAAUCUUCAGACUAAAGAAGAGGUUGCUGUUAAAUUGGAAUCUGUUAAGACCAAGCACCCGCAGCUUCACUAUGAGGCCAAAUUAUACAUGCUUCUUCAAGGAGGAACUGGUGUUCCACACCUCAAAUGGAUCGGAGUUGAAGGAGAAUAUAAUGCUAUGGUUAUCGAUCUUCUUGGACCAAGUUUAGAAGAUUUGUUCAAUUAUUGUAACCGCAAGUUCACUUUGAAAACGGUUUUAAUGCUUGCAGAUCAAAUGAUAAAUAGAGUUGAGUAUAUGCAUUCAAGAGGUUUUCUUCACCGUGAUAUAAAACCAGAUAACUUUUUGAUGGGUUUAGGACGAAAGGCAAAUCAGGUUUACAUUAUAGAUUAUGGCCUUGCAAAAAAGUAUAGGGAUGCCCAGACACACAAGCAUAUACCAUACAGGGAAAACAAAAAUCUCACUGGUACUGCCCGUUAUGCUAGUGUUAAUACCCAUCUUGGUGUUGAGCAAAGUAGGAGGGAUGAUCUGGAGUCUCUUGGUUAUGUGCUCAUGUAUUUCUUGAGAGGAAGCCUUCCUUGGCAGGGGCUGAAAGCGGGCACUAAGAAGCAAAAAUAUGAUAAAAUUAGUGAAAAGAAAAUGCUUACUCCUAUAGAGGUGCUUUGCAAGUCUUAUCCAACUGAAUUCACAUCGUAUUUUCAUUAUUGUCGAUCAUUGCGGUUUGAUGACAAACCAGAUUAUUCAUACCUGAAAAGGCUUUUCCGGGACCUUUUCAUUCGAGAAGGUUAUCAGUUUGACUAUGUGUUUGACUGGACCGUUUUGAAGUAUCCCCAAGUUGGUUCAGGUUCCAGUUCCAGUUCUAGAGGGCGGACGGUUGGCAAGUUACCACUGAAUCCCGGGCCUUCAGCAGAAAGAGUGGAUAAAACCCCAGUGAAACCCGAGGUUAGAGAUAGAUUCUCAGGCACGGUGGAGUCAUUUGCUAGGCGUACUGGUUUGCAUGGAGAAUACUCAAGACACCGAUCUUCAGAACACGCAACACCAUCUAAAGAAAUGCAAGGUGACUCAGAUAGAACUCGCAUCACACGAACCAGUAGUACUUCAAAAAGAGCAGUCGUAUCAAGCAGCAGACCAAGCUCAUCUGGUGAGCCCAGUGAGAACCGGUCAAACCGGCUGGGUUCAGGCAGCGGUCGCAUAUCAACCACUCAAAGGCUCCACUCUCAACCUGGGUUUGAGUCCAAGUCAUCAUCUUUCACACGGGCUGUACCCUCAUCAAGAGGUGGCCGGGAUGACGCCCUAAGAAGCUUUGAACUGCUAACUAUAGGCAAGAGGAAAUAAGAAGUCGGUUUUUUCGUUGUGGGACCCGGCCUCAUGAAUAACCAUUGUGUCUCAUUUACAACAAAAUCUUUUAAAGAUUCAUCUUGGAUCUUGUAGUCCUGAAGAAAGAGAUUGUAUCUCACUUUAGGGUGAAUGUUCAUAUGCUGUCAAAAUGUUUAUGCUAAAGAAUCAUUGAAACUGGAUAUGUCAGUCUAAUCAACCUGCAAUUAUGUCAGACCUGUAUUUUAUGAAUUACAUUUGAAAAAUAUGAACAUACUCUUUUUUUUUCUUUU